AUGACUCUUAGAAUCUGUAACAGUCUUGUACCAAUGACUCUUAGAAUCUGUAACAGUCUCGUACCAAUGACUCUUAGAAUCUGUAACAGUCUCGUACCAAUGACUCUUAGAAUCUGUAACAGUCUCGUACCAAUGACUCUUAGAAUCUGUAACAGUCUCGUACCAAUGACUCUUAGAAUCUGUAACAGUCUUGUACCAAUGACUCUUAGAAUCUGUAACAGUCUCGUACCAAUGAUCUUGUGA